CAAACAAUUUGGUUCUUUUCCUGUAUUUAUAUCUAUCUGUGAAAUUUCCUAGUAUCUUCUUCUCUUUUAACAUAUUAUUUCUCAACUUCCUAUAUAACCUUCAAGCUUCUGUCUGCACCCAUUCUCAUACGAAAUAUAUCUCUCUGUUUCUCUUAUUGCGAACAUGAAAGUAGAAACACUUCAAAACGCAGAAAACAUCUCAUUCUUUACCAAAUUAUCCACCAUGUUAUCACCGAAGAAACCCAAAAAGCCUGCACCAUUGCUAAUCCCUUCAACCGAUAAACUCGAAGAAUUCAAGAAACUCAUUGAAUUCUUUGACGAGGAUGGCGACGGUAAAAUCUCACCCAUGGAACUUCAGAAGUGUAUGAGAAUUAUGGGAGAGGAAUUGUCUUCUGAGGAUGCAGAGGAGGUUGUUAGGUCCUUAGAUUCUGAUGGAGAUGGUCAAUUGUGUCUCGAUGAGUUUGCUGAGUUGGUGAAAGCAGGGGACGAGGAUUGUGAAGAAGAGAAGAGGAGAAACUUGAGGGAAGCCUUUAAAGUGUACGAGAUGGAGGGCGAGGGAUGCAUCACGCCGAAGAGCUUAAGCAGAGCGCUUGACCGGCUUGGGAAAAAGAGGAGUGUGGAAGAAUGUAGGGAGAUGAUUAGGAGGUAUGAUAUCAAUGGAGAUGGUGUGAUAUGUUUUGAUGAGUUUGAGAUUAUGUUGCUGUGAGAGAAUUUUGUUGUUAUGUUUAGUUACAAAAUGACGAGAGCAGGUCAAAAAUAUUGUAAGUACUUAUUAUUUGGAGUUGAAAUUUUCACAUGAGAUUUACAGGGAUUGCGGAUGAGGAUGUGUAGUCUUAUGUAUUUGUCUAGAAAUUCUUGGGGCUUUUAGUGAUAGUCAUGUGUCUGUUGGUUUCGAGAGUGUAGACCCAAACCUGGAAGCACAAGCACACAACAGAAAAAGGAAGCCAUCGGUCGACUGAUAAGAAAUAUCGGUCGACCGAUUCGAACGCCAGGAAAACAUGAAAGUUUCAGUUCGGUCGACCGAUACGAAUUAUCAGUCAACCGAUACGAAUUAUCAGUCGACCGAUAACGUGCACAGGCAGUAUACUAGAAAAUACUAUUCUGGUCAGUCGACUGACAGCGGUAAAAAAAAAACCCAAUUUGUUUGGGAAUCUGUUUGGAUUAGGGUUUCUUAUAUAUAUUGAGGGCUUGUGCUAUUAGAAAAAAGUGUCUUUUAUCAGAGAUUAGUGAGAGAGAACUCAGAGAGAGAGAGAGAGAGAGAGUGAGAGAGAGUAGCUUAUUGCAAGAUUUGUAAUCUUCUUCAAUAAUCAAAGAAUUUCUGGUGUGGCUCCCGAU